AUGGUGGCGGCUGGCGAGAUGCUCGGCCCUGACCAGCCCGUCAUCCUGCACUUGCUCGACAUCGAGCCGGCGAAGCAGAGGCUCGACGGGCUGGCGAUGGAGCUGGUUGACGCAGCGUUUCCGCUUCUGAAGGGAGUCGUUGCGACGACGAGCCUGGAAGAGGCCUGCAAGGACGUCGACAUCGCCGUCCUCGUCGGAGGCUUCCCCCGCGGCCCGGGGAUGGAGCGCAAGGAUCUCAUGGCCAAGAACGCGCCCAUUUUCGGGCCGCAGGGAGCGGCGCUCGAGAAGUUCGCCUCCAAGGACGUUCGGGUGUUGGUGGUCGCCAACCCUGCGAACACGAACGCCUGGCUGGUGUCGAAGGGCGGCCCUGGCAUCCCGAAGGAAAACAUCACUGCGUUGACCCGGCUCGACCACAACCGCACGAUUGGACAGAUCUCUGAGAUGACGUCUGUUCCCAACUCCGAGGUCAAGAACGUCAUCAUUUGGGGCAACCACUCGGCCACCCAGUACCCCGACGUGAACCACGGAACGGUGGCGGGCAAGCCGAUCCGCGAGAAGGUCGGGAACGACGAGUACUUGAACGGGGAGUUCAUCAAGCUCAUUCAGCAGCGCGGCAAGGCCGUAAUCAACAUGCGCGGCGCGUCCUCUGCGCUCUCGGCCGCACACUCGGCUUGCGACCACGUCAGGUCGUGGAUGCUUGGCACGCCCGGAGGCGAGUGGACCUCGAUGGCCGUGCUGUCGGAUGGCAACAGCUACGGCAUUCCGAACGGCAUCGUGUACUCUUUCCCAGUCAAGUGCAAGGCCGGGAAGUGGGAAAUCGUGUCCGGGCUCAAGAUUGACGACAUGUCCCGCAAGCUGAUGGACGCCACGGCGCAGGAGCUGGUGGACGAGCAGAAGGACGCCCAGAGCGUGCUCUCGGCCUGA